UGCCCGCGGGCCGCCGCUGCCCUGGGCGCCGGGACCGCGCGUCCCUCCCCCGGCGCCGCCCAGGCACCGCCCUCCCCCCGCCCCAGGCUGCCGCGGUGAGUCACGGCGGAGGAGGCGGCCGCUCGGCUCGGCUCGGCUCGACUCGCCCGCCCGCGCCGCAGGACCGCCGGGGCCGGCGCGGCCCCGCAGGCAGGGCAGUUUCCUCAUACAUUUUUUCCAGCCAGGGUCAUUAAUUGGAACUGAACACCUGGGUUAUCUGAUCUUCUGUGGUUUUUAGAAGCAGGAAAUCCAGGAGCUGGCAGGAGGGGAAUGAACCGUGAGGGCGUCCCCGGAAAGAGUCCGGAGGAGAUGUAUAUUCAGCAGAAAGUGCGAGUCCUACUCAUGCUGAGGAAGAUGGGAUCAAAUCUGACUGCUAGUGAAGAGGAGUUCUUGCGCACAUAUGCAGGUGUAGUGAAUAGCCAGCUUAGCCAGCUUCCUCAACACUCAAUUGAUCAGGGUGCUGAGGAUGUCGUGAUGGCAUUUUCCAGAUCAGAGACAGAAGACAGAAGACAGUAGCUACAGGAUACGUGAACAACACAGAACUGGAGAGGACAGUGAGAUUCCUGAAGAUAACAGAGGAGGAUGGCUGAGCGUUAAUGUUUCUUUGCCCACCCUAAUUGUUCCUUGGUAUUCCUUCUCCUUUGUAAUUUUGUUUCCCAUUGCCCAACCCUCAGAAUGCAUCUCACAGCCAUCUGUUCCUGUAAGCUUUUGCUGCUCAGCUGGGCUGUGUUAAUUAAGGACAAACCUAAAGGUGUAGUUGUGAUUGGCUUGAAGGGACAGGCUGUGAUUGGCUAAAGGAAGACGAUUUUUUCAAACUUGACCAAUGAAAAUCUUUUACCUUGCAUUUUAUUGUAUAUUUUACGGAAAGUCUCUUGACAUCCUACUUCUAAAGCAGCUUUUCAUGCUGUGGUGCUUAUUUAGGUCAAACUUGUGAAUUUGAGGAGGGUUUGAUUUGGCUGCCUAGAAUUGGAAGCAACUUGUGGUUGGAUGGCGAUGCGAAUGCUUUCUCUUCAGUUGGCUUGCAGGUAUUUUGCUGACUUCAGCGUUUUCACUGCAGAAAGCUGAUGUUUUGGUGCAUUGGUUAUUUCUUUAUACUUACUGACUUGGGGGAAAAGACAAAUGUGCUUUGCAAUAUUUAUUACACCUACACACCUAUAAAUGCUUGCUUUGGGGGGUUUGGUUUGGUUUUUUUGAUUGGCUUUGAAACCAUGUUCUUGAUUUCCUGUUGGCUGCAGUGUUUCUGAUGCAAUCAGUUUUUCCAUGCUCAUCUGCUCUGUGGCCUCAAGCUCUUUCGGGAGCAUGUGUCGAAAGCAUAUUUAGUUCAAUAAGUCUACCUGUUUAAGCUGGAACACGGAGAUCACCAGCCGCUCUGUGCUACUGCAUGGGCUGUACCAUGAACUCCUGGUGGACCUGGCUGUUCAGGUGGCUUCUCUCUUUGCUUCUGACAGAGGAGCUGUAGAUGUUUUGCAGGAAUUGCAAGAAUGAGGUCUAUGGCUGUGACAUGAAUUUGCCAAAUUUGUAUAGAGAAUAUGUGAACUUGUUUAAAAUACUACAUAUGGUUCCACUUUAACCCUUUAAUUGCUGCACAAGACUAGCUCUCACGUAAGGAAAAAAUAACGGUCAUUAACUUAAAUCCAACUUGCACUGGGCUUUAAUAAACUUAAGUUUCUAGUCACUUGAAAAACUGGAUGUAGUUUGGCUCCUUGCAGCUGUUUGGUGAUAUGGAAAUUGUCUGGAUCCUAAGGUAAUACCAUGUUCUUUAGGCACUGCUCCAAGAGGCAGUGGUGCUGUGUUAAGCUGUCCAGUAGUGAGUGUACAGGUAACGCUCAGGUUAACGCUCCUAGUUGCAGGGCCUUAAAACACACACGCGCCAUUUACAAACUGAAAAACCUGCAGUGAAAUUCCCGAAGUGCACUGACUGUUCAGGAAUCUGCACAUAAAAUUUCUCGCACUGCUGCCUAAAACCUAGGACUUCAUUUUCUCUCAUAUGUGCAGGUAAUUUCUACAGUACUUCUAAGAUAUUUUUUUUUCUUGUGGGUUGCACUGACUUUAAGAUGUUUGCAAAACUCUAUUAAAAUGAAACUCCAUUCACCUG